UAUGUCAGGCUUGUACCGACCGAAUCAAUUGGAUUUUUACAAUAUCUCAAAAAUACAAAAACGCUAAGAAUGUCCACGAAAAUAGAAAAAAGUAAUAAAGUAAACCCUGAAAAAGUUCCAUUGGAGACUGACCAAGGUAUUUUGGAGAGCGAAGAGCGUAAAUGGGGUCUACCCCUAAAAGAAGUUUAUAAACAUGGCUUGUCUUUUUACAAAGAAAAAGAAGGUAAAGCAAUUCACUUAAGCUAUGAAGAUCGACUCAAGCUGGUUGCAUUCACACAGCAAACAGCUCACGGACCUCUGGAUUUGAAUUCUGUGCCUCCCCUUGGAGUUCUGGAUGUGAUUGGUUGGAAUCGAAGAGCUGCAUGGCAAGCUUUAGGGCAAAUGACACAAAUUCAAGCAAUGGCUGGUUUUGUACACACAUUAGACAGAUUAUGCCCUCUGUUCAAACCAUACUUGGAAGCUAUUCAAAGGGAUUUGGAAACUAAGAAACAGCUAGAACUGAAAAAGGAACAAGAAGAGAAUGCCCACUUGGAGUUGCAAAAUAGAAUAAUGUUGGAGAAGCAAAAACAACAGAGUUCUCAACUGACAGAAGAACAACAAGUGCAGCGAAUAAAAGAUGCGCUCAAUGCCCAAACAUAUGAUCAGUUUCUGCAAUAUGCCCAACAGCAAUUUCCUGGCAAUUUUGACCAGCAGGCUAUCUUAAUACGGCAACUGCAAGAUAAGCAUUACCAACAGUACAUCCAACAGUUGGCAAUGGAUCAGAGACUGUCAACAGCUGAUGUUAAUGAAAAUGAAGAAAAUGACAAUGAGUUGGCUAAAGAGGAAAAAGAAGAACCAGUUACCAAUUGUAAUUUGAAUGAAACUGAAGUUUCUUUACCUGAUAAUAACAAGUCAAUGCAAACAUUAGAAAAAAUAGACACACAGGAAUAUAUUGAAGAGUCUAGGGGCGAGGAGGACUCUGAUGGAGAUGAUUGCUUCCCCGCCAUAGAAGAGGCCCAAAUAUGGACCCGUAAGGACAUAGUUCAGUUCAAAGAGUCCGCGGCGGCGGCGGGCGGGCGCCUAGUGGUGGGACACGGCGAGACGGUCACCGUGCGCGUGCCCACGCAUCGCCGGGCGAGUCGAUUGUGUUGGGAGUUUGCUACCGAUCACUAUGAUAUUGGUUUUGGAUUGUAUUUUGAAUGGAGCAAGUCUCCUACAAGUGAGGUCACUAUACAAGUGUCGGAGAGUGAUGAAGAGGAAGAUCUCGAUGAUGAUGGAUAUGGUGAUGAAGAAUACACAAUCCAGGGCAACGGCAGCGACUUGGAGACAGGGUGCGAGCGACGAACAACGAACAUAACGCGGCCGCUUCUCAGCCUUGUCGUCUCUGUCUACCGCAGAGAUUGUCACACCGAGGUUUACGCCGGCUCGCACACAUACCCGGGGGAGGGAGUUUAUUUAUUAAAAUUCGAUAACACAUACAGUCUAUGGCGGUCCAAAACUUUAUACUACAAAGUAUAUUAUACACAGUAAGAUAUUUUAUAAAGAGACUUAUUUAAUACAUGACAAAAUGGAAAAAAAAUAUUUAAUUGGUAUUAAGAUAUAUGUGGUAGGUUACGAUGUCAGUAUUGAAAUAAUUAUGUCAUAUUUACAGAUAUAAGAUAUACCUAUGUGCAAUGAUGCUUAAAUAGUAUUAUUAUUAUGUCAAUUUUAUAUGUUUUAAUUGUGUAGUAUUUAAUUCCUUGUUUAAUCGUGUAAAUUCGUAAAGAAAAAGCUAUUCAUACAAUUUAGUUUUUUUUUUUUUGGUGUUAUAUUUUAUUAAUUUCAACAGCCUAUUAGGUACAGUGUUAAUAAUGCGACCGUUACUUUAGUUCCUAAAAAUUAAGUUUCUUUCUUAGUAAAAUUUUAUUUAUAAAGAAAAUAUUGAUUUUGUAAGUUAUAAUGCACCGUUAAAAACAAAAGUUGAGUGCACAUACAAAAAAAUAAGUACAUAAUGUGGACUUCAUGAUAUUGCACUUGACAGUACAUUUUUAUUUAUUAAAAUACCUAGUCAGAAAGUUUAUAUUUUACUUAACCAAUAUUAGAAUUUUUAUUGAGCACUACAUUUACGUAUAAAAUAAACUCUUCCAAGAGGUUUUGUUAAAAAUUCGUUUCACGCAAAUACACUUACAAAUUCUGGUUUAUGUAUUAUAUAUAACAUUUUAAUCUGUAUUUUGUCACAAAGUACUAUCGAAUUUAUAUUAGAUAUUAUAAACCUUUUAAUUUUAAUAAAAACCAUUUUAUAUAUCUAUUCUAUUGUUUAAAUAAUGAAUGUGAUGAAGAUAUUUGUAUUGUAUUGCAUUUAAAAUAUUCUUAUUUUUUAAUUUAUUCCAGUGUUUACAUACAUUAUUUGCAUUUAUUAGGUUUUGGAAAUCAAACAUUUCACUUAAUUAAUUUUUCAGUAAAAAUAUUAUGGCGCAGAAACAUUUUGUUAGAAUAUUCAUAUGUAUAGAUAUACUGUGUAGUAAGUUUCAAUGUAUAUAAUUAUGAGCUAUUUUGCACAUAUGAAUAGGUAGUGUAGGUCGUAGAAAACAAAAGGUUCCCAUAUUUAUUUUAUUUCUAGAUGUAUUUAUUGUCUCGUUAGUAAUAAAAAUCACCUUGUUUGUAUUUUUGUAAGCAUUGUUAACUAAUCUCAUCCUCCAUAGUUUCCAAUUUAAAACUUGGCUAAACUACCUAUUCAUCUACAAUAUGUAAGGACUUGAUUGAAUUACUUAUAUUAUUUCGUAAUGAAUGAAGGGUAACAUUAACGCCGCCCAAAAAUAAUUAUUAACAUUUGCCUCAAUUUAACUUUUAAUACCUAUCAUGGUGAAAAGGCGUAACUGUGGCCCUAUAAUAUUGUUAAGAAUAUGUUGAUUUUACUGCCAGGAAAUGUGAUUGUUGUAUUUUAAUAACCUAAAUUAUGUGAAUAAAAGAUGGGUAUUUGUUAUUUAUAAUUAUUCUUCAGUACCUGUAUGAACUUCUUACAUUAUCUGUGUCUUGUGCUACAUAUUAAAAAUAAUAAAGCACGAAUACAA